GGAAAAGGAAGAGGAAGCGGGCAGGUCUUAAAGGGGCCGCAGCCAUUUUUAAAGCUGCUUUUUCCUUUCUCCAAUUUUGCCAGGACGAUCGCAGAAGAACAGGUCCCCGGAAGCCAAGCACAGCUGGAGCAGCAAGGACCGCUGCUGGGAGACGGGAGCACCCGCUGGACGGGUGGCGGGGAGGGGCUGCCCACUGGAAGGGCGGGGUGUGCGCGCCCUGCGCCCCGCGCACAUCUGGGUCGGCCAAUGCUCCGGCCCUCUGCGAGCUUGAACAUCUGGGGCCGGGCCGGGCCGGGGCAACGGCGUACAGCGCGCAGGUGGCAGCGGCGGCGGCGGGAGGGUGAGGCCGCACAGCGGGGCUGGGACAGCGCUGGCACCUCCAGAGCGGGCCCGGGACGGCAAGGGGGUGGCCGCGAUGCCAGGCGAAAAUAUAUUCCUGUUCGUGCCUAACCUCAUCGGUUAUGCCCGGAUUGUCUUCGCCAUCAUUUCUUUCUACUUCAUGCCCUGCUGCCCCCUCACGGCCUCCUCCUUCUACCUGCUCAGCUGCCUUCUGGACGCUUUCGAUGGACACGCUGCUCGAGCCCUUAAUCAAGGAACUCGGUUUGGGGCCAUGCUGGACAUGCUAACGGACCGCUGCUCCACCAUGUGUCUGUUGGUCAACCUGGCCCUUCUGUACCCUCGAGCCACGCUUCUCUUCCAGCUCAGUAUGAGCUUGGAUGUCGCCAGUCACUGGCUGCACCUGCACAGUUCUGUGGUCCGAGGCAGUGAGAGUCACAAGAUGAUUGACCUGUCUGGGAAUCCAGUGCUUCGGAUCUACUACACCUCCAGGCCUGCUCUGUUCACCCUGUGUGCUGGAAAUGAGCUCUUCUACUGCCUCCUCUACCUGUUCCAUUUCUCCGAGGGACCUUUAGUUGGCGCCGUGGGCCUUUUCCGAAUGGGCCUCUGGAUCACUGCCCCCAUCGCCUUGCUCAAGUCCCUCAUCAGUGUCAUCCACCUGAUCACGGCCGCCCGCAACAUGGCUGCCCUGGACAUGGCAGACCGUGCUAAGAAGAAGUGACCCUGGAACCGCUGGUCCCUGGCUGCCCACCUGCCCUGGGAGUCUCACUGUGCCACACAGCUCCCUUCCCCCUCAUAGGAGGUCCCAGUCUCACGUCUUCCUAAUGUGUUUUCCAGCCUGCUGGGAUGGGGGUCAGCCUCUCUUUGGUGAUGUCACAUUUUCUGUAAUCCCAAGGACCAGUCCCAUCCCUGGGGUCCCCAAGGACUGGGGCUUCAAAUCAGGAUGGGUGCUCAGGAGGCCCUGCCCCUAUAGAUGGUGCUUCUGGGGUGCCAGGAGGCCAACCUGAGGACCAGGCAUUGUCCCAUCCUGCUGGCUCAGCCAGACCCUGGCGUCUGGCUUGGCCUGAGUUUUAGGGACACUUGAGUAAGGGAAAUGGUGUAGGGGCCAGAUUUCCCCAAAGGCAGGGGAGUCAGACUUCUGCCCCUGGCCAGAGGAAGCCUGGGAGGGAAGGGGCCAUCUGGAUCCUUCCCUGUUGCGAUCUCUUCUAUCCUGUCUACCCUGGCCCUGGAAGCCUCAAUAAUAAAGGUGAGUGCUUCACUAUUCUGGACUCAGUUUCCUUUGAGACAUUCUUGGAUCAGGGCUUGGGUUGAGGGGAUCUUGGGAGAAAGGGAAGAUCCAUCUGGAUGCUUUUCCUCUAGUUGUUUGCUGUCUCACUUCUUCCUGUCACUACACGGUGACCUCAGAGGCUUUCCUGCCACCCACCUGCUUUAUGUCACUGGCUGUCUACAUUUAUUUGCAUUCUUAAUAUUUUCUACCCUCACUAGAAUGUAAACUCCAUGAGUGCACAGACUCGUUUCCUUCUCUAUCCUAGAAUGAAGACCAG